AUGAUGCCCUGGUGGCUAGUCAUGAUCUUCCUCAAGUAUUCGACCAAGGCGCCCAACAGCUCGUUCGACUACAGCGACCCGAACACGUGGGCCACCUCGUUCCCCAUGUGCGGUGGCCCGAUGCAGUCCCCGGUGGAGCUCACUGCUGGCCGGGUUGCAUUCAGUCGGACGCCCAAGCUUCGAUUUGCUCAGGGGCUGAAGGACGGAAAAAUUGAAGCUAUGAAUACCGGACAUGAGAUCAAGCUGAAGUUGAUGCCGAAGGACAGGAAUGAGCCGCUGCUGCAGCUCAUUUCAAACACCAAGCCCAUGAACGGCGUCUACACGUUCGCGCAGAUGCAUUUCCACUGGGGUCCUGGAGGUCAGCACAGCGGUUCGGAGCACUGCGUCGGACACAAGUACACCGAAGCGGAGGCUCACUUUGUGUUCUUCAACAGCCGCUACGGCGGCUUCAAGGAGGCGGUGCGCCACUUUGACGGUCUGCUGGUGAUCGGAGUGAUGCUGCGCGGCGCGCAGCAGCCAGGCGGCCUCGCGUUCCCGACGCUAGGUCUGGAGAACAAGCUGGACACCAUCGACCUGCCCGGUAACCGACUGACCAUGUCGGCCGACCUCACCUACUUCAAGACGCUGCUGCAGCACGCGGUCGGCAACUUCUACAGCUACCACGGCAGCCUGACCACGCCGCCGUGCAACCCGGUCGUCACCUGGAUGGUGGCGGCCAAGCCGGUGGAUGUGAGCAGCACCUUCCUCGAGCGGCUGAGGACAGAGAUCUUCGAGGACGCCGACGGCACCCGGCCUCUGGUCAACAACUGCAGGCCAACGCAGGGCCGAAACGGACGCACCAUCACCAAGCACAUCAGCAUCGGAUAA